UGAACUUGUAUGACACCUAAACAAUAGUGCCUGGCAGAUGUGUAUUGUGUACGCUUGAGUUGUGUAGCAAGCUAUUUGGAUGUGGAAACGUUUCAUACAAUCGUCGGGCGCCCACUUUACGAUUGGUGAUAGCUACUAGACGUCAAAUGCGGCAGGUAAGAGGAUAGCUACAUUUCUUAGUUUUGCCAAAUAAAAAAAACCAAGCGUUCAUUAUUAGCCACUUCCUGUAUCACAUCUGGCCAGUCUUGGCCGCAGUCUAGCAGUUAGCAAACUGGCUAAAGGUAGAUUUCUAAGUGUCAGCCACGAUCGUCAAAUAAAGGCAAUUUAAAAUAUUGCCCCAACAAUCGCAGCCUCGCAUCUGCUAUGAGAUCACCCUAACAAAAAAUAGUGGGGUAAAGAUGGCUGCAGAGCUCUUUCCCACCAAGAAGCUGGCCCCAGUAUCCUCAACCAAAACAGCUGUGCAGCAAUACCAGCAGCAGAACCUGAAUAACAACACCAUUCACAGCUGCAACUGGCAAGGGCUCUAUCCUACCAUCCGAGAGAGGAAUUCAGUCAUGUUCAACAAUGAGUUGAUGGCAGAUGUUCACUUUGUUGUUGGCCCCCCAGGAGGGACUCAGCGAGUACCUGGGCACAAGUAUGUGCUGGCUGUGGGGAGUAAUGUGUUCCACGCCAUGUUUUACGGUGAAUUGGCAGAGGACAAGGAAGAGAUCCGUAUCCCUGAUGUGGAGCCUCCCUCCUUCCUAGCCAUGCUGAAGUACAUCUACUGUGACGAGAUCGACCUGUGUGCUGACACUGUCCUGGCUACGCUCUAUGCCGCCAAGAAGUACAUCGUGCCCCACCUGGCUCGGGCCUGCGUCAACUUCCUGGAGACGAGCCUGAGUGCCAAGAAUGCUUGCGUUCUGCUCUCCCAGAGCUGCCUGUUUGAGGAGCCCGACCUGACGCUGCGCUGCUGGGAGGUGAUCGACGCCCAAGCCGAGCUGGCGCUGCGCUCCGAGGGCUUCACAGACAUCGACUCGGUGACCCUGGAGAGUAUCCUGCGCCGCGAGACGCUCAAUGCCAAGGAGAUGGUGGUGUUCGAGGCGGCAUUGAGCUGGGCUGAGGCCGAAUGCCAGCGCCAGGACCUGACGCCCACCAUUGAGAACAAACGGCUGGCGCUGGGCAAGGCCAUCUACCUGAUCCGCAUUCCCACCAUGACGCUGGAUGACUUCGCCAACAGUGCGGCACAGUCGGGCGUGCUGACGCUCAACGAGACCAACGACAUCUUCCUGUGGUACACGGCUGCCAAGAAGCCUGAGCUGCUGUUUGCCAGCAAGCUGCGCAAGGGCCUGGCGCCGCAGCGCUGCCACCGUUUCCAGUCGUGUGCCUACCGGAGUAACCAGUGGCGCUACCGGGGCCGCUGCGACAGCAUCCAGUUCGCCGUGGACAAGCGAGUGUUCAUUGCCGGCUUUGGCCUGUAUGGCUCCAGCUGUGGCUCAGCAGAGUACAACGCCAAGAUUGAACUCAAGAGGCAGGGCGUGCCGCUGGGCCAGAGCCUCAUCAAGUACUUUUCAGAUGGCUCCAGCAGCACAUUACCAGUGUGGUUUGAAUACCCUGUGCAGAUCGAGCCCGACACAUUCUACACGGCCAGCGUUGUGCUGGACGGCAACGAGCUCAGCUACUUUGGCCAGGAGGGGAUGACUGAGGUGCAGUGUGGCAAGGUCACCUUCCAGUUCCAGUGCUCCUCGGACAGCACCAAUGGGACAGGUGUGCAGGGGGGGCAAAUACCUGAGCUCAUCUUUUACGCUUGAGGUAUCGAAUGUGAGGGAAACGUAACCCUCCAUCUUUACUGCCACAGUAAAUGCACCCCUCCGGCUGUUCAGAAAGCAUCAGCUCUUAACUAUGGCUUUAAAAGUAUACCUGGUUAGGAAAAAACAAACAUAUCCAAUUUUUUGUGGUGGUUAUUUAGUUCACUAUACAAUUGCCUUAUGAGUAUGUCGAACCUAGUGUGACUGGGUCGCAGUUACCAAAUAUUUUCUUAUAAAGGAUAGGUCAUAACACAUUUAACACCUCACACAUUGUUGUUCUACUGUUUAUGAAGCACAGUUCUCAUUUAACAAGAUUAUUAGUGUGUUGCAGGUAUCUUUUUAAAACUUCAAACAUUCCUAUUUUCUUUUAAAGAAAACACUACAACUUGAAAACAAAAUAUUUCCACCUGUUCAAGAAACUCUACAUUGAUACUUAAUGUAUAUAAAAUAUUUUUGUACUUUGUAACUUGAUAAAUAGUUAAAAAAUUUGAUGGUGCAAUUUCUAAGAUUUUGUAUUGUUAAUAUUGUUACCUCAAUCCAAGUAUCCCCUUGGGUUUUCUGUGAGAUUAAUAAAACUGAGAACAGACAAAAACGCAAAAACGCAAACCUGUGCUGAGGUUUAAGAUACAUGAGUAUGUUGCCAUCUCAGUAUAUAGCUAACUUUUUGUUGCACUACUAUUGGUCCUCUUUUCAAACGGGACAGCCUUUUUGUAUCUCGCUUACAUUAAUUUAGGGCUUUUUUUUUUUUUAAAUGAAUGAAUCAGUAUGAAUUGUUGAAGAAUGAGAUUCCAAUGAGAAUGUUGCCAUGCUGUGAGGUUGACAGUAUCAAUGGACCAAUGAAUGUGUACUGUUGUUGCAUAUAGAAAAUACAAUUAACCAG